AUGGGCUCUGCAGGCGGUGAGCACCAGCCGCUGCUGCCUUCGUACUCGCCCUCCGUGGCGCGCGCGCGUCUCCUCGGCCAGGAGGCGGCGCCCGCGUGGCCCUCCACCUUCGAAGAGGGGCUCGACGCUCGCAUGGCGUCGCCCGUGUCCGUGGCGCGCACGCCCGGGCGCGUGGGCUCGUUCAACAGCAGCCCGUACACGGAGCGCCAGCGGCUGCUGCAGGCGCAGAGCCAGCAGCCAGAGGUGCCGUGGUCCCCCGCCAGCAGCAGCGGCGCCGCGGCCCACGCGCACGGCACCAGCAGCUACAAGGACGCCGUGUUCAACGCCAUCAACGUGCUGCUGGGCGUGGGCGUGCUGUCCAGCCCCUUCUCGCUGCGCUCCAGCGGCUGGCUCAUCGGCGGGCCGCUCUUCCUCUUCUUCACGCUCGUGACCAACCACACGGCCAAGCUGCUGGGCAAGUGUCUGGACUACCAGGAGGGCAUGACCACGUACCCGGACAUCGGCGAGGCGGCCUUCGGCACUAGGGGCCGCGUCGUCAUUGGCGUCACCUUCUUCUCGGAGCUCUUCACGGCGUGCGCCAUGUUCUACGUGCUGAUUGGUGACACGCUGGCGGCGCUGAUCCCGUCGUUCACGGAGACACAGCUGACCAUCAUGGCGUUCCUGCUCAUCAUGCCGUCCAUGUGGACGACGCACAUGUCGAUGCUGUCGUACUUCAGCAUUCUGGGCAUUUUGUCGUCCUUCUUCUGCCUCUACGCGAUCUUCUUCGUGGGAUUCGCCACGGACACGAGCGCGCCGGACUACGUCUCGGGCAGCCUGCUGCACCCGCAGCCGGUGCAGAUGAUCGGCGACUUGGACCGGAUCCCGCUGGCGAUUGGCCUCACGAUGGUGGCGUUCGGCGGCCACUCGGUGUUCCCAUCCAUCUGCAGCUCCAUGGCCAACAAGGAGGACUACCCGCGCGUGCUCAACCUGUCGUACUUCAUCGUGGGGCUGGUCUACGGCGCCAUCGAGCUCGCGGGCUACCUCAUGUACGGCGAAGCCACCCAGAAGGAGAUCACGCUCAACCUCAUCGCGUCGUACCCCGGCGUGCUCACGCAGAUGGUGGUCUGGACCAUCGCGCUCAACCCGAUGAGCAAGAUCGCCAUCACGCUGCACCCCGUCGCGCUGGCGCUCGAGGAGUUCAUGCUGUCUCCGAGCCAGAAGCGCGCUGCGGCGCGUAACAAGCCGAGCAAGACGCUGGUGUUCUACCGCGCCUUCAUCCGCACGACGCUCGGCAUGGGCGCGCUGUGCUGCGCGCUGUUCGUGCCCCACUUCGCCCGCGUGACGUCGUUCCUCGGCGCCUUCUUCGCGAUGCUCGUGUCGGUCUUCCUGCCGUGCGUCUGCUACCUCAAGCUGUUCUCGCACCGCCUCUCGAAGCGCGAGAUCGUGCUCAACGCAGGACUGGCCGGACUCUCCAUCAUCCUGAUGUUCUUCGGCACCCUCGCGUCGUUCCUGUCCCCCGCGGACUAA